CAAGAACUUGAUUGCUAUCAAAAUUUUAUAACCAUUGAUACAACUGCAUCUCAUAGACGUACAAUCAGAUUAAGUAGUACUCCGUAUCUGCUUCUUUAAUUACUAUAGAAAGAUACAACGUAGGUACAUAGCCAAGCCCCUACCUUCGGGAGGCUCUGCGGCGUUCGAAACCAUCCUCCAACAUCAUCGUUCGCUACCUGUCACCCUUCUCUCCUAAGCCACCUUUUUUGUUUGCAUUGCCACAACCAACUCAACCAACCCGUUCAGCUGCCUCUCCGCUAUCCUCAACGCCUUGCAACCCUCUAUCAUGACCUAGACUCCAUCGCGCGCUACCUGCCUACGCUAUGUGGCGGGAUCGCACCAACCUCUUCAUCUCCUACCGCCAGUCCUAUUCCCACCACCCCGUGAAGAAGACGCGAUUUGGCGGUCCUGGCUCCAAUGGCUACAGCGAUGGCCGAGUUUCCGAGGAACGCCUCGGCCUCAUGUCCUCAGCGGCAUUCGAGGACGAUGGAGAUGCCGUAAUAGAAAUGGACCUCCUGCCUCCGCGAUGGCUCGACGUCCAAGACGAGAUCACAGAACACCUCGCCGACAUCGCAAAACACACCCGCAAGCUCGACCAGCUGCACCAAAAGCACGUGCUUCCCGGCUUCGACGAUGAGGAGGUCAAGAAGCGGGAGGAGAGGGAGAUCGAGCAAUUAACCCAGGAGAUCACUCGCAGCUUUCAAAAAUGCCAACAGGCCAUCAAGAGAAUAGAUCUCAUGGUGCGGGAAUCGAAACAGCAGGGAAACAUCAAUCAGGGCGAGGAGAUUAUGGCGAAGAAUCUGAAAAUAUCUCUUGCAUCCCGUGUUGGCGAUGUGAGCGCAAUGUUCCGCAAGAAGCAAGCCGCAUAUCUCAAGAAGCUCCGCGACCUAGGCGGCUUCGACUCGCCCUUCCGCUCCGCAACCCCCGUCCAAAACCCCUACAACGACCCAGCGCUCCAAGAAUCCGACGCCGACCGAUCCUUCUCGCAAUCGACGCUCCUCCAGACCCAACAGCAGCGCCGGCGCCACGACCCCAACGAAUCCCUGAUCGCGCAGCGCGAGCGCGAGAUCGAAGACAUCGCGCAGGGCAUCAUCGAGCUCGCCAACAUCUUCCAGGAGCUCCAGACCAUGGUCAUCGACCAAGGCAGCAUGCUCGACCGCAUCGACUACAACGUCGAGCGCAUGGCCACGGACGUCAAGGAGGCCGACAAGGAACUCAAAGUCGCCUCGGGCUACCAGCGCCGCACCAUAAAACGCAAAAUCAUGCUCCUCCUCGCCAUCCUCAUCGCCGGCGUCUUCAUCCUCCUCUCCCUCAAACUCGGCACCCGAGGCAGCAGUAAUACCGGCAACGACACGCCCGCGCCCGCCGCACCAGACGACCAAGAACCCCCGCUCAUGCUCGCCCCUCGCUCUCCCGCGUUCGACCGCCGACGCUCCGCAAGGCCGUGGAAGGGCCCCGAGUCGCGCCGCGACUGGCACAGGCGGAAACGGAGGUUAUGGCAGGAGAUUGGCGACGCUUUGGCUUUCGAACAUAUUUAA